CAGUUCAGUGUUAUUUGUCAAAGAUAAAACGAAAAAAUAAUUGGUCUCCGUCGAAUUUUCUUUGAAUUCGAUUAUAUUUAUUUACAGUUUUUUCAAAUAAAUUGGAAUUAAAAUCAGUAUUAAAAUAAGUCUUGAAAUAUUCAUAUAAAAUGGGAGCUGUAAUGGGAGCGUUAUCUGCAGCACAGAUGGCCUGUUGCUGCACAGGAACUGCAGUUUCACUCUGCUGUCAAGCAUGUCCAUCAUGCAAGAAUUCUACAUCAUCUCGUUUGAUGUAUGCAUUUAUGCUUCUGUUAGGAGCUAUUCUUGGUGCAAUUGCCCUUUCCCCUGGUUUGCAAUCAACUUUACAAAAGAUGCCAUUUUGUGAAGACAUGAAUAAGACUGAGAAAAGUCAGUUCCAGUCGGUGCUGAAUUCUUUUGCUAAUAAAGCAGAUCCUAUUCCCAAAACAGAUUGUAGUUAUGCUUUGGGAUAUAUGGCCGUUUAUCGAAUAUGUUUUGCGUUUGCCUGUUUCUUUACACUAAUGGCCCUAAUUAUGAUUGGAGUCAAAAGCUCUAGAGAUCCUCGAGCUGGAAUACAAAACGGAUUUUGGGGAUUGAAAUUUUUGAUAUGUAUCGGUAUUAUGAUUGGAGCUUGUUUUAUUCCAAAUAAUGAAUUCAGUACUGCGAUGAUGUGGAUAGGUUUAAUUGGCGGAUUUGCAUUCAUAAUUGUACAACUUGUAUUAAUUAUAGAUUUCGCACAUACUUGGGCUGAAACCUGGGUUGAAUAUUAUGAAGAAGAGGAUUCCCGAGCAUGGUAUUGUGCACUUUUUUCAGUAACGUUUGUGCAGUAUGCGUUUUCAAUUGCUGGGAUAAGUUUACUUUUUGUUUAUUUCACGCAGUCCGAUGAAAGCAACUGUUCUCUAAAUAAAUUUUUCAUAUCCUUCAAUUUGAUACUAUGUGUCAUAGUGAGUGUAGUAUCAGUUUUACCGAUAGUUCAAGAAAAGCUUCCACGAUCUGGUCUUUUGCAAAGUUCAAUGGUCACUCUUUAUACCAUAUACCUCACUUGGUCAGCAAUUGCAAAUAAUCCAGAUAACAAGGAAUGUAGUGCAUUUUAUAUUGCAAAUGUACCAGAAUCAAGAAUAACAUUUGAUACAGCAAAUAUUAUAGGUCUGAUUAUUUGGAUGUUGUGUGUAUUGUAUAGCUCAUUACGUUCAGCGUCAGCUGUAGCUCAAGUAACGAUUCCAGAUGCUGAAAGGCAAGUCUUAACAGCGCCACUGCCUGAUGAUGAAUCAAAUCGGCCAUCCAGCGGUGAUAGGCAUCAAGUUUGGGAUAAUGAAGAAAACGCAGUUUACUAUUCUUGGUCAUUAUUCCAUGUUGUUUUUGUUACGGCUACAUUAUACGUUAUGAUGACUUUAACAAAUUGGUAUCAACCAAAUUCAGACAUAAUGAACUUUAAUUCCAAUAAAGCAUCUAUGUGGAUAAAAAUUAUAUCCAGUUGGUUGUGUGUUGGUCUUUACGGAUGGAGUUUAACAGCUCCAAUAAUUUUACCAGAUCGCGAUUUCAGUUAAAAUGAUUGAUUUGAAACAUCAGCAGAAAAUUGCAGCUAUUAAAUAUUGAAGAAAACUAUAUUUAAAAGUUUUAUACUUCAAAACUCAAAAAAAGAAAAAAAUUUGAAGUG